UCGCUUCAAACUGAGAAACACGCUGGCUGCUCACAGUUUAUUCAGGAGCUGUGCAUGUGUACAGAGAGGGGACGCACUGCGCUCACAUCACAGACACAGCCAUUCAGGGUUUUUUUUUUUUUACAAACAUAGAAGUACUGAGAUAGAUUGCGUCACUUUGUAACUUUUCAUGAUUGAAUGUGACACUUUUUUGUGAGUCAUUAUUUAAACCCAAGCUGGUAAACUAAUCAAGACUUGUGUCGGAAAGUGCUGAGUGCGCUCCCUGGAUGCUUUGGGUGAACAGGUGGCGCAACCUCCGGUUCCAUUAGUUUGUUAUUAGGGUCGGACGCAGGCAGACAGGAGUUAACGCACCUCAGCCUGCUGGACCCUGAGCAUUCUAGAGCUGCCUGUGGGUGAGAGCAGAGCGGCUCAGCUUCCCCCUUGUUAAAGAGGAGACAUUUAACAAGGAGCUGUGAUGCCAGUGGCUGACAGCGACAUGGUAGUGGAAAACAGCCACGGGUUAUACGAGGGUAAAACCCCAAACAAUGCCGGGAGUGAGGGCAUCCUCCCGGCCUCCCUAUGCAGUCCUGCAGCGGACAUCCUGAAGAACUUUUACCACACCAAGCGGGUCGGGAACUAUCUUAUUGGGAGGAAGCUGGGGGAAGGAUCGUUCGCCAAAGUUAGAGAGGGUCUCCAUGCCUUGACAGGGGAAAAGGUGGCAGUGAAAGUCAUUGAUAAGAGGAAGGCCAAGAAAGACUCAUAUGUGACCAAGAACUUGCGGAGGGAAGGCCACAUCCAGCAGAUGAUCCGCCAUCCCAACAUCACUCAGCUGCUGGACAUCCUGGAGACGGAGAACAGCUACUACCUGGUAAUGGAGCUCUGUCCCGGUGGGAAUCUUAUGAACCGCAUCUACGAUAAGAAACGGCUGGAUGAGAGGGAGACUCAGAAAUACAUCCGGCAGCUGGUGCUGGCUGUGGAGCACCUGCACAGGGCAGGUGUGGUACACAGGGAUCUGAAGAUAGAAAACCUCCUACUGGAUGAACAGGACAACAUAAAGCUCAUAGAUUUUGGCCUCAGUAACUGCGCUGGUAUCUUGGGAUACUCGGACCCUUUCAGCACCCAGUGUGGAAGUCCAGCAUACGCCGCCCCAGAGUUGCUGUCCAGGAAGAAGUAUGGGCCAAAAGUGGACGUCUGGUCAAUUGGAGUGAACAUGUACGCUAUGUUGACUGGGACUCUCCCAUUCACCGUGGAGCCCUUCAGUCUUCGAGCAUUGCACCAGAAGAUGGUAGACAAGGAAAUGAACCCUUUACCUCCUUCACUCUCUACAGCUGCCAUUUGUCUUCUGAAGAAACUUCUCGAACCAGAUCCAAACAAGCGCCCAAAUAUUCACCAGGUGAUGGCAGACUCCUGGCUACAACUGGCCAACAAAAACACAGGGGCACCAUACCUCAACAGAAUCCACAUAGAGGAAAUAAACCAUACAGUGUUGCUACACAUGACAGAGAAGAUGGGUUACAAACACAGUGAAGUGCUCAGCGCCGUCCUCACCAACCGCGCUUGCCACACUUUGGCUGUCUACUUCCUCCUCAACAAAAAAAUGAAGAGACUCUCCAAAGAAUACAGGGAAAUGCAGUUCCAGGAGAAAAAGAAAGGAGAGAAGGAGAAAAAUGAAUAUUUCCAGACCCAGUGGAGGAAACACGUCGACAAGCUCACCAUCCCACCGAAACAGACGCCCGUCUAUCUGGCUGUCAGCAAGGGGCCCAGCAAGGAGAAAAAGCACAGAACAGGUCUAUUACGUGCCAUAACUGGUGGCCAUCGUAAUUCACCCCUGGCUCCACCAGGCACAGUCGCUUCUUCCUCCAUGGAAUAUCUAGAGAUCCAUCCUCUCUUUCCCAACACACCGCAGCAAAGGAGGCGCUUGGCUACACUCCCACAAGUUAAUACAAGCCCUGAACACAACAUCCCUGCUCCACCAGCACCAUCGCCAAUCGGCAUGCAUUCCUUUGGGUCCCUCUCCAAAGCAGAGCAAAUUGAAGACACCCCGGCUUCACCCUGGUACAAGCUAACCAACGGGACGCUAUCCCCGCCUCGUCACGUCUCAGCCUUCCAACCGGACUCCUCUUAUUUGAAGAAGGCCACAAUCCCCAGUCCUCCAGUUCUCAUUGUCAACCCACAGCCCAAAAAGAGCAACUCGUCUGACUGGUGCGGUGGUUCCGAUACAAGUGGCAGUCCCCCAAGUACUAUAGGGAGCCCCCCAGGAGGCUCUGCUUUCAGCCCUCCAAAGUCAGCCUUCAGCCCGCUUAACCCCACCUCAGCUUUCAGCCCUCCCUCCAACAGCGGCAGCAGCGACCCCGACAGCCCCACGCACCGCAGCAAGUUCCCUUCCAUGGGGAUCGGACAGAUUUUAAAGAAGAAGGUCCAGCUGCAGCCGUUCACAUUCCGGCCAGAACAAGUCAUUGAGGAGGUGGUGUCCCCGCCUCCCUACCCCAUGCAGACUCUCCUCUGUGCUUCAGGUGCACUAAAAACCCUCUGCUGAGGGAUAUGAGGCAAAAGAACAGAAAAAGAAAGACAGACAGACUGAACUCGAGACCUCUCUCAACAAUUAACAUACGUGAGUUGGAGAGGUCUUCCAGAGCGGCCUUUUGAACUGUGAAAUGUCCUUUUAUUGUGACUGAGCCACUUUUCAUGACAGAUUAACCAUUUAAAAGUCAUUAAAGUCCUUAAAAAUGGAACAAAAGGGGUUUGAGUAAGAGUAAGUCAUAAUUAAUCUCUUGUCACCGCUCUCAUUAUGUAAUAAGAGGUGGUGACACUGAGAAAAUGAGAUUUAAAAAUGAUCCCUUAGCAAUGACUAAACCUCACUGUGUCCUAGAUACACAGUGGACUUAGAACAUCACGUAAUGCAAGGUGCGCACAUAAUCGCAUAUACGUACAUACACACAGAACACUGUAUUAUAGAGUUAAGAGAUACUCUCUUAUGUAAUUAUGCUGUAACUGGUUACUAAUUGAACCGAAAACUGAUUCACACCAGCUAACGGACCCCAACUCGUACCCUAACCCUGAUUUAACGUGUAAAUGUUUUGUCUCUGUGAAAACUCUCAUAAGAUACCCACAAACUUCCAGUCAGCUGGCACUGUAUCCUCAAAGCUGACUGGUUAGAGAAGCUCACUGCACUAUUCUUGAAACCAAAACCUAUAGUAACAAGAGUGUUUGCCAUCCUUUACCUCACUGCAUUAUUCAUACAUUAAUGUAACAGCGGUCGAUUGUGACAUGCUUGUGUGGAUUUUGCCACCGUGUUGCAGUGUCUGAGCAUUAGUGCCAUUAGAGUGAACACGAGAAAAUAGACAUAGGUAGCAAGAGUAGAUCCAUACUCCCACUUUUUUACCGUUCUAAUAAAAGCAUACUUCAACACUGAUAACUCACAGUUCUAACUUUUUAUAGUCAAGUGUUACAUCACCUCUAUGAUCCACAGGGAAACUAAAACUGUGAAAGUUGUAGUUAUGACUUUCUCACAAUGGGAUGUGUCUGUUCAUAGUCAGUUUUGAAGAAUAAAAAAAGAAAAGAUAAAAAAAAUAGAGCAUCAAAGCCUUAUGAAACUGAUCAACCUCGCCAUAGGCUGAAGGUAUGAAGAACUGCUUGGUUCAAGUAACAUCCAUGAAAAUAACUCACUUCCUUUUGUCUUAAUGAUGUAGUUUGUGCAAUAGUCUUAAAUGUUAACUGCAAUGCCGAGUAUUUGCCAACAGCUCUAAUGAGAGCAAUGUGAAAAUUGUGCUUGUAAAUAAGAUUACGACUCCUGUGUUCCUGUCACUGGCACCGUUCUGUACAAAGGGAUUUCUACAAAAUCUAUUGAGCCAAAUCUUUCACAUCAUUGUUACUUCUGGAAACUAUUCUGACCCUAGAAAAAGGCUUCCACCGGCGCAAGAGGCUACUCACUGUUAGGAUAGAAUCUCUUCCUGUCAAGAUGAAAAGUUGCAUGCAAUGUUUCACAAGUCAAACUGUUUUGUCACCUUUUUGAAAUGAUGUCUUUGUACCUUUUUUCUUGUUGAUACUGAGAUUGAUACAGACUCUGGGGGUCUUUUGUAAGAUUUUGUAAUGGAUGGUUUUGUUUGAGUGUCAAGAGAUUUCUAUGCUGUAUAAAGUAUUUUAAAUAUUUAUACUGAA